AUGGGAAAACGAACAGCGGAAAAUUCAGCGGCGAUUGGGGAGGGUGAGGAGACGAAUCCUGAGAUGCGUGUUGAUGGACGCCCUGAGAGAGAGCCUACCUUUCAGGAUUAUAUGUUCUCUGACUAUGCUGGCACCGAAACGCUCCCGGGCAAUGAGUUCCGCUCGAAACUUAGCGAACUUUGUCUGUACCUGCUUGGCCUCUUCCUCGGUCGCCUUGUGUUAGGUUACGUCAACAAUUUCGCAUUUCGUAUGACCGGUGUGAGAAUCACCUCCGCCAUUCGUCAGGAUUACUUCACGGCGUUGUUCUCGCAAAGCGUGCAUGUAUUGGACUCUAUGCCACCUGGAUAUGCGACUACAAUUAUCACGACUACCGGAAACACUCUGCAGCUCGGAAUCUCUGAGAAGUUGGGUGUUUUUGUGGAAUACAAUGCCACCAUGAUCGCUUCAAUCAUCGUCGCGUUCAUCUACAGCUGGCAGCUCUCUCUCGUGACAUUCACCGCCGUUGUCUUCAUCACAUUCAGUGUCAGCCUAGUACUUCCUUACAUCACCAAAGGCCAGACAAACCAGACCAAAUCCGAAGCUCUGGCGAUGUCUGUCGCUAGCGAAGCCAUGAGCGGUAUCCGAAUGAUCGUAGCUUAUAGCGCUCAGUCGCGAAUUGGCAGCAAGUACGGCAGAUUCGUUGACGAAGCAAAGAAGCAUGCUCAGUUCGCUGGCCCAUUCAUUGCCCUCCAAUACGGCCUUAUUUUCUUCAGCAGUUAUGCGGCAUUUGGCCUUGCGUUCUGGUAUGGCACAAGACUCUUGCUCGACGAUAAAAUCAAUCAGCUCGGGGCUAUCAUUGUCGUCUUGUUCUCUGUCAUGAUGAUCGUGACGGCAAUGGAACGAAUCUCUACGCCGCUUCUAGCGGUUAGCAAAGCAACAGUCGCAGCUUGCGAGUUCUUCACUGUCAUCGAUGCACCCCGACCUGAGCCUGGCCAUCUCACCGACCCAAAUGUGUCUGCGACGGCGGACAUCGUCUUCGAAGACGUCACUUUUGCUUACCCCAGUCGACCGCACGUCAAGAUCCUCGAUGACCUCAAUCUGCGAAUCGAAACGGGCAAAGUCACCGCGAUUGUCGGCCCCUCUGGCUCAGGUAAGAGUACAAUCGUCGGCCUUGUUGAGCGAUGGUACAGUCUCAAAGACCAGUACGUCAUCUCCAAACCAGUCGAGAAGCCGACCGAUAAAAAGAAGGACGAUGACAAAGAGGAGGACGAGCAAGAGUUACAAGAACUCUCGUUCGCAGGAGAUAAAACUGGUCCACCUGUUGAGCUCCGUGGCCGAAUUUCUACGUGUGGCCACUCUCUUGAUGACAUCAACGUCAAGUGGUGGCGAUCGCAGAUUGGACUUGUCCAACAGGAGCCGUUCCUCUUCAAUGACACCAUCUACAGCAACGUUCUCAACGGCCUCAUCGGCACAAAGUGGGAAAAUGAGCCUGAAGAGAAGAAGAGGGAGAUGGUACAUGAAGCAUGCAAGGAGGCAUUUGCUGACGAGUUCAUUGAGAAGCUACCAGAGGGCUAUAACACCGCCGUUGGCGAAGUCGGUAUCAAACUCUCAGGCGGCCAACGCCAACGCAUCGCCAUCGCCCGCGCCAUAAUCCGCCGUCCCGCAAUCCUCAUUCUCGACGAGGCCACGAGCGCAAUCGACGUCCGCGGCGAACGGAUCGUACAAGCAGCCCUCGACCGAGCCUCCAAGAACAGAACAACGAUUGUAAUCGCACAUCGUCUUUCCACUAUCAGGAAGGCUGAUAGGAUUGUUGUUCUGCGACAGGGACAAGUUAUUCAGUCUGGUACUCAUGUGAGUCUAUUGACUGAUGAAGCUGGUCUUUACUAUAAUCUCGUCAAUGCUCAGGCUUUGUCAUUGGGGGAGCAAAAGGAUGGCCAUGAUGUCACUGCUAAGGAUCAUCGACGAUCCUCUAUUCAUGAAAAGGCACAUACCGAGUCCACCAUCGAGGACAAACCUCAAGACAAGACCCCCAAAAAGAAAGGUCUCAUCUCCAGCUUCGGUCGCUUCUUCUACGAGACAAAGUCCAACUGGUGGACCAUGACCCUAACCAUCUUCUUCUCCGCCUGCGCCGGCGCCGCCGUCCCCUUCCAAGCCUGGCUCUUCGCCAAAGUCAUCAUCGUCUUCAGCUACCUCCCCGACGAGUCCAAGGUCAGAAGUGAAAGUUCCUUCUGGUCGCUCAUGUGGACUGUCCUCGCUAUCUCAGCCGGUCUAGCCUACUGUGCUACUUUCUUCUUAUCAACGCGUACAGCGAGUACUAUUCGUGCUAAGUACCAGAAGCAGUACUUCUUAUCUAUCUUGCAUCAGAAGGUUGCGUUCUUUGAUCAUGAUGAUCACUCACAGGGGACUAUGGCUGCGAGGAGCGCUGAGGAUCCAAGACAGCUUGAGGAGCUGUUGGGGUCCAAUAUGGCGAGUGUGUUUAUUGCCCUCUGGACUCUGAUGGGUACUAUCGCCAUUUCGCUGGCUUUUGCAUGGAAGCUUGCACUCGUGUCCCUUUGUGUAGUUGUCCCCAUACUCCUCGCCGCUGGGUAUUGGCGAAUGCGCUACGAGAUCAAGUUCGAGGAGAUGAACAACGCUGUGUUCGUCGACAGUUCCAAGUUUGCUUCUGAAGCAAUCGGUGCAUUCCGUACCGUGGCAUCUUUUACUCUUGAAGGUGCUAUCUGCGAUCAGUUCCGCACUCUCAACAGCAACCAUGUCAAGGAUGCCUUCAAGAAGGCUCGUUGGGUGAGCUUGCUGUAUGCCUUCUCCGACAGCGCAACCAUCGGAUGCCAGGCUAUAGUACUGUACUAUGGUGGCCGCCUUCUCCUCAGCGGCGAGUAUGAUCUAGAGAGCUUCUUCGUGUGCUUCAUGUCUGUCUUGAACGCAGGCGAGACAACAGGUCGUGCACUUAGCUUUGGACCCAAUGUCGCUCAAGUCCGUGCAGCUGCCAAUCGUAUCCUUGGACUGAGGGUUAGUCAGGUCAAGGACGGUCCUGAAGCUACCGGCACACCGUUUGUUUCUCAUGGUGAUGGUAUGAAGAUUGAACUGGACAACAUUCACUUCAAGUAUCCUACUCGUGACGUGCCUGUAUUCCAGGGUCUCAACCUGACCAUCGAGAAGGGCCAGUUUGCUGCUCUUGUUGGUGCAUCGGGCAGUGGAAAGAGUAGUAUCGUCUCUCUUCUUGAAGGAUUCUAUGAUCCUGAUCACGGUCGCAUCCUCUGCAAUGGUCAAGACAUUGCCGCCAACAACGUCUAUACAUACCGUCGCCACCUCUCGCUUGUUGCUCAAGAGUCAAGCUUGUUUCAAGGUACAUUACGAGAGAACAUCCUUCUUGGUGUUGAAGACACCGUCGACGACGCAACUGUCCAUCGUGUAUGUCAAGAAGCUUCCAUCCACGAGUUCAUCAUGUCCCUCCCAGAAGGAUACCAAACCCAGGUAGGCUCCCGCGGCGUGACCCUCUCAGGCGGUCAGAGACAGCGUGUAGCCAUCGCCAGGGCUUUAAUGCGAAACCCUGAUAUCUUGUUGCUUGAUGAAGCGACAAGUUCUCUCGACUCGGAGAGUGAGAAGUUGGUCCAAGAGGCGUUUGAGCGCGCUGGAGAAGGUCGUACUAUGGUUGUCGUUGCGCAUCGUCUUGCGACAGUGCAAAAUGCGGAUGUGAUCUUUGUUCUUGGUGAGGGCAAGUUGAUUGAGAAGGGGAGCCAUCGCGAGUUAUUGGCUGCUCGUGGUGUUUACUGGCAGAUGUGUCAAAGCCAGGCUUUAAAUAAGUAG